CCCAGGAGAAGAUGUGAAGAGGCACCCUGGCCAUCCGAAUGACCAGACACAGGGGCCUGAGUGCGUCCCUGCAGGACCGGUCAGCCACAGGACCCUGAGCAAUGGUGAGCCAUCCGAGCCUCCCAGUCUGGGGCUGGACUGUUACCCGGAGAAUUAACAGGAAAAAAAAAUCAAAAAUAUACCAGUUGAUUUGACGACAAUAAAUCAAGACAUGGACAAGGAGAAAAGCAACACAAAAGAAAGACUUCAGAAACGAGAAAGGCAAGAAUAUGAAGGUGUCACACCGUCAGAAUAUCAACCAGCUAAAGCAGCAGAAAAAGAAACCUUGAAAUACCAAACACUCAGAACGCUUUCUGCCCUGAAGUCAGAGGAAACUGAACUCUAUCAAGAUUACUACUAUCCAGAACCAGUUUCUCCUAAGAAGAAAGAGAAAUCAAAGGGAAAAAAGGAUCAGACUCACCCUUGUCCAAAAGUUAAGAAGAAAAGGCUUGUGUCCUAUGAUACAACAGAACCAGAGGAUGAUGAUGUGACAAGACAUAUUAUAAGGCUAAGAGAAAAGUUUGGUUGGCAAACGACGUUACCACAGCACUGUUUGGAGCACAAAAGUUCCAAAACUGCAAUUCAGAAGAUUAUUCUAAAGGAACCUUUAACAGAUGAUGGAGAAUUUGUAUAUUGCCUUCCUCGGAAAAAUCGUCAAAUUCUCGAUAAUCCGUAUGAUCUUCAGGUGGUCUCUGCCCACAGAGCUAGACACUGCAAAAAAUUUUGGAUUGUUACUGCAUCAUUUAUCUCAAAGGUUACUAAAAUAGGUGAUGUAGAAGAAAUAGAACUCAUACCUACUUUGGAAUGGCUUUUAGAAAGAAAAUGUUACCAUUUAUUACAGCAAUUCAAGAUAUUUUCUAAUUUUCGAGUCAAUAAAUCAUUUGUUACCUGGAAAUUGAAUGUUAGAAGAAUUAAGACAGAGAAGAGCAGGUCGUUUUUGACUCGCCAUCUUUUUUGGGCUGAUGAGUUAUUUCAAGGCUGUUUGCUUUAUAUAAAGGGACUUUGUGAAGAUGCAGUUGAUACAAAAAAAGGUAACAACCACGAAGACCAUCCAUCUGCCAUAUGCCUCAUCAAGCUGGAUAGGUCUCGAACAUACUCUCUAGAUGCGUUUUGUAAAGAGCAGUUACAGCAAGCUACCCUGGCGCUGAAGCAGCUCGAGGAUAUCAGACAUAAAGCUCUUUGUGAAAUCAGAAAUACAAUUUUAAAGGUGGCAGAAAAGAAAGAAAUUAAAGAAUAUUUUGAGUCAAACCUCUCUGAAGAUGACACUGUACAUUUCAAGCUGCCUACAUAUCGACGUUUAUUAGAAACUGUUCUGAGGUUUCUGCUGCUGGUUGACUACAUAUUUCAGGAACUCAUCCGUAAACUAAUGAAUACUGCAGUCACACUACUUUUGGAAUUAUUUAAUAAUUCUGCUAGAAUGCCAUUUUCAAGGGAAAAAAGGAACGAAGAUCUCAUUAAGUAA